AUGAAAGUACCAAAAGAAUUCAAGUUCUUUUAUAGUUGUGAUAUAUCAUUGAAAUAUAAAAUUAAAAUAUGUGGAUUAAAAGGUAAAAAGGAAAGAGAGAAUGCACCUGAAACUAUAAACAAAUGGUUGGAAGACCCAUUUUUAAAGAAUUCUUCAUUGUAUAAAGAUAAACCUAUAGAUAUUUAUAUUUGUUGUACAUUAUAUUCAAAUGGUAAACCAUUAUGUUCACCAGAACAAACUAUAUUUAUGCCAUUUAGAGGAGAUGAUAGAUGGGAUCAAUAUAUAACAAUACCGAUUAGACAUCAAGAUUUACCAUUUGAUACAAAGAUUGUCAUUACUAUAUGGGAUGUUUAUGCACCACUUCAAAAGAUACCAAUCGGUGGUACCUGUUUCAAUGUAUUUGGAAGAAGUCGUGUCGAAAGAAAAGGUAGACAUAAACUAUUUGUCUAUCAAAACACUCAAGGCAAUGAUGAUACAACACCAGGUCAAAUCGUUGGCAAGGAUGAAUUAUAUCGUCUUGAAAAGUUAAUCAAACGUUAUGAAAGAAAUUUAAUUCCUCAUGUUGAUUGGUUAGAUAAAUUUGCUUCAAUUGAAAUUGAUAAAAUAUCAAAGAAUUCAGAUUCAUUAAAUAAGAAUUCAUUAUAUUUAACAAUUGAAUUACCAGAAUUUGAAUUACCAGUAUUAUUUAAACAACAAACAUGUCAAUUGUAUAAAUCGAUUAUUCAAACACAAAAGAGACAAUUGGUCAUUGUAAAUGAUAAUGAAAUUAGUGAUCAUCCAUGUGAACAAAAGUAUCAUCGUUUAAAUGUUUACUCUUAUGAUAAAGAUAAAGAUCAUAAAGAUUUAAAACCAAAUUCUUCUGAAUUAAGAUUAUUAAACAAAUUAAUUAAAACACCACCAAAUACACAUUUUACACCAAUUGAAUCAUUGUUGGUAUGGAAAUUUAGAUAUUUCUUAUCAAAUAAUAAGAAGGCAUUGACAAAAUUCCUAAGAUCUGUAGAGUGGAAUGAAACGAUACAAAAGAAUGAAGCCAAUUUAAUUUUACCAAAAUGGGAAGCAAUUGAUGUAGCCGAUGCGUUGGAAUUGCUUUCCAAUGCAUUUACACAGAAAAAUACAAUUGGUGUUCGUCGAUAUGCAGUAGAUAUUCUUAGAAAGGCAGACGACGAAGAACUACUCUACUAUCUCUUGCAAUUGGUACAAGCAACCAAAUAUGAAAUGAUAGAAACAAACUAUGACCAUAGUUCAGAGUCACCUCUCAUUAGUUUCUUGAUUGAACGUGCAUCAAAGAAUUUCAAAUUGGCAAGUCGUCUCUAUUGGUACAUUACAGUUGAUAGUGUCUUGAAAAAGAGUAGUUUCUGUAAUCACUACAAGACUGUUGGAGAAGAGUUGCAUAGAUCUCUUAGUAGAGAUGAUCAACAAAAGAUUACUCGUCAAAGUCAAUUUAUCAGUCGUUUGGCAAAACUCUCUGAAGAACUAAAGGCAAUGAAUAUACUUCGAGAGAAAAAGAUUGAAAAGUUAAAGUAUGCACUCUCUGAUGGUGAUUAUAAGGAUCUGUCUGAUUUCCCUCCCCUUCCCCUACCAGUUGACCCAUCGAUCGAGGUGAUUGGUAUCAUUCCCGACAAGUCAACCAUCUACAAGAGUGCCAAAUCACCACUUGGUCUAAAGUUGAAAACUAAAAGUGGUCCAGAGUAUGGUAUCAUUUUCAAGACUGGUGAUGAUAUGCGUCAAGAUCAAUUAAUCAUUCAAUUGAUUUCACUUAUGGAUCGUCUAUUGAAAAAGGAAAAUCUAGAUCUCAAACUUACACCUUACCAAGUUUUGGCAACUGCCGAAGAAGAUGGUGUAGUUGAAAUGGUUCAACCUUCUGAAGCAAUGGCAUCAGUCCUCAACAAAUAUGAUGGUGAAAUUUUGAAAUAUUUCAAGGUUCAUCAUCCAGAUCCAGAAGCUCCUUUGGGUAUCACUGCCGAAGUUUUGGAUACUUUUGUUAAAAGUUGUGCUGGUUAUUGUGUUAUCACUUAUAUCCUUGGUAUUGGUGAUAGACAUUUAGAUAAUUUAUUAUUAACUCCAAAUGGUAAUUUAUUUCAUAUUGAUUUUGGAUAUAUAUUAGGUAAAGAUCCAAAAAUUUUACCACCACCAAUGAAAUUAUGUAAAGAGAUGGUUAUUGGUAUGGGAGGAGAAAAUUCAAAACAUUAUGGAAAAUUCAAACAAUUGUGUUGUGAAGCCUAUAAUAUUUUAAGAAAUUCAUCACAUCUUAUUAUCAAUCUUUUUGCACUGAUGAUUGAUGCAAACAUUCCAACCAUUUCAGAGGAAAGAGAAAAGAGUAUUCUUCGUGUUCAAGAAAAAUUACAACUUGAAUUAACCGAUCAAGAAGCUGCCAAUAGUCUUUUACAAUUAUUAAAUGAUUCUGUUAGUGCUCUUUUCCCUGUUGUAGUUGAAUAUGUUCAUAAAUGGUAUCAAUAUUGGAGAAAUUAA